GGUAGACAUAAGCACAACUGCACCGGGAUGGGGAUGUCUCUGUUGAUAUGGAGACAGGCCAAAUGUUUGCUAACAUGUUAGCCGUUGCAACUUCAUUAUCUGUAGGUAUAUCAAGGCAGUGAUUCCGUGAGACAUUUUUUGUCCCCUGGUAGUGAAAAAUACUGAAUUCAAUUUCAAGUUAAUGCAACGUCUAAAUGCACUUACUUUGUGUUAUGUUGUGCCAAGGUCUCUAACCGGAAGUUGUAUGUACUCAUCCCGUGUCACUCGACGCUGGGCAUUGAAGGAAAACGGAGCAGAAGAGCGAAACAUGGCGACUUCGAACAAUCCGCGGAAAUUCAGCGAGAAAAUCGCUUUACAUAAUCAGAAGCAGGCAGAGGAGACGGCGGCGUUUGAAGAAGUGAUGAAGGACCUCAGCAUUACCCGGGCAGCGAGGUUACAAUUGCAGAAGACUCAGUACUUGCAGCUGGGACCAAACCGUGGACAGUACUAUGGAGGAUCUUUGCCAAACGUCAAUCAGAUUGGAAAGGGCGCAGUCGAUGUGGCUUUUCAGAAUUCAGGACUGGACUCACACAGAUCGACACGACACCACGGGCUGGUGGACAGAGUCUAUCGGGACAGAAACCGCAUCACGUCACCUCACAGAAAACCUGGACGCCAGAUUGACAGCUGUCCAUAUGGCUCAGUAUAUCUGUCACCACCGCCUGAUACCAGCUGGAGGAGGACAAACUCUGACUCAGCACUGCACCAGAGCACUUUGACUCCUGUCCAGCAGGCCUCUUUCACUGGAGGGUCACAGGAGCUGCAGCAAAAACGAGUUCUCUUGCUCACUGUACCGGGAGCCGAAGCAAUUAAACAAGAGGUUGAAGAAGAUGGACAAAAACAGAACUGGGAGUGCGAAAAGGACAUUUCAAGGUCCAAGCCCUGCAAAGUUCCAGGGAUCCACAUAUUCCCGUCUCCGGACCAGCAGUCGACCACUUCACUGAAACCAGCAGCCCACAACACUGGUGGUUCUCUUCCUGACCUGACCAACAUCCAGUUCCCUCCUCCGCUGCCGACCCCGCUCGACUCAGAUGAUGCAGCAGCUGCCUCGUUCAGCUCUUCCAACAGCACACAGACGCUGGCCAACACGCAGGGAGUGAACACAUCGCAGCCCACAGUAACCAUGGAAAUGCAGCCUGGGCAGGACAACAUGGUUCCUCUAAUCCUGAAUGCAGGAGACUCCCACCAGCAGCACCAGAACCUUCAGCUCUCCCCAACAUCUCCACCUCUCAGUCUCUCUCAGGCGGCCAUCAACGCAAUGAACCUUGAGCAGCAGCUGUCCCAGUAUGCCUUCUUCAACCAGCAGCAGUCGUCCCAGAACCACCAGAGCCAGCAACAGAUAGGUCUGGUCCAGCUGUCCUCCUCCGUGAACUCCUGCACCGUGUCAGACAGCCAGACGUCCUCGCAGACCAACAUGACCAUAGACAUGAAGACGGCCUCCUCCCUCCAACAGUACCGCAGUAGGGUUGGAUCCUCUGCCAAUCAGUCUCCAACCUCCCCCGUCUCCAAUCAAGGCUUCUCACCUGGAGGCUCGCCUCAACAUAACUCCAUACUGGGCAGCGUGUUUGCAGACUUCUACGACCAGCAGCUCCCAUCCAUUCAGACCAGCGCCCUCUCACAACAGUUGGAGCAGUUCAACAUGAUUGAAACCCCCAUCAGCUCGAACAGCUUGUAUAACCAGACCUCCACCCUCAACUACUCCCAGGCACUGAUGAUGGGUUUGACUGGUGGCCAUUGCAACCUGCCGGACUCACAGCAGCUGGGCUACAGUAGCCAUGGCAACAUCCCCAACAUCAUUCUCACAGUGAGUGGAGAGUCUCCCCCCAGCCUGCCCAAGGACCUGACUGGCUCGCUGUCCACAGAUGUCAGCUUUGAUAUCGACUCCCAGUUCCCCCUGGACGAUCUGAAAAUCGACCCGUUGACGCUAGACGGCCUGCACAUGCUCAAUGACCCAGACAUGGUCCUUGCUGACCCUGCCACAGAGGAUGCGUUUCGCCUCGACCGGCUCUAACUAAAGCUCCUGCACAGGUGUGUGGAUGUUGCUGGCCCGGAGGUGGAGUGGAUGGUUCACAUGUGAGAGGAAUGCUGGAGCGUGCUGGUCAAGACCUCCUCAGGGCAGGGCAGGGCAUCGAUUCCACAACAGCCCACUACAAUCAAACCCCAGAAGAGAGUUAGAGAAACGAUUAUUGUAUGAAAAUGCAUUGAAAUGUUUUCCAAGACUGUUGCAAGCCUCCCUUCUCUUCAGAACCAGAAAGAUGGUUUACCACUGAUGAAGUUACGGUAUGAAUGAUGUUCAUGGUUCUGUCACUACUUAUUGCAAAUGACACAUCCUAAUGUUGAUUUAUUUUAGAUGCCUAGACUUUAUUUAAGGGAGCUUGAUUGUGAGGGAACAAGGAGCCUGGUCUCUUAUUUUCCAUCAAUGACUGACUAAACAGUGUCUGCAGAGGAAACGGUUAACAAUCUAUACUCAUCACUCACCUGUUAAUAGAGUAGCUUGAUCAAGUUCAACCUCCCUCUGUGCCAAGCUGCUUGAUUCUCAGUAGUACAUUCAGUCUGAAUAUUAAUUUAGUACUAAUCCCUGCGUGGCUUGUCAUAGAAGCCAAAGUGAAACCUGGUUUAAUUUUUCCCAAAUAUCCUCUGAAGUCUUGAGUGACAAUGAAUCAUUAUCUUGUCACCUAAGUAUAUUUUAAGAAAUGCUGAAUUUUCCUUUUACCGUAGUGAAUAGCAGUCGUCAGUUAUGCAUGAAAUCACAAAUCACUGUGCAUACUUGUUUUGCCUUAAUAGCUUAACAUUUUGGUUUUCAUGCAAAGAGGACUAUUAUGUACAUGAGAAAAAGAAAAUGUGGUCUGCAAUGUUCUACCGCUGGUUUGGACUACGUCAUUCACGGCUGAAUUACUGUAGUUGUGUUUUUGAGGUGUGCUGUUCUUUAUCCAUGACUUCGUCCACUGUCACUACCAUAUCUUUUUUCAUAAUAAUUUAUCAGUCAAAUCUUCAAUGGUUCUUUGUUAUGAAAUAGAUGUUUACAGGUUUGUUUUGUUUUAUAUUUUACAUGUACAGAAUGUGAUUAGAUUUUGCGUAAUGGUAUCUAUGCAAAACUACCGAAAUUGAUUUUGGACUGUAAAGUGAAACAGAUAAAAAUGAACCCUUAUAAAAGGAAACCAGUGUGCAAGAUUCUUAUAGAAUGCACAGUAAUGGUGCCAUGUUGUAUUUCUUUUGAUACUAUUGAAGCUCUUUACAUUUUUCUUUCAGACUAGUAUGAUGUAGAGAAGAACAAGGCUCAGAAAGUGUGGCAUACAGUAGAAACUCUCCUGGAUUACUCCCAAAGAUGUGACCUCAGUAAAGUUGAAAUAUAUAUUUUUCCAGACAAUUGAACUGCCUCUAUACUAGAACAGCAUUGUUGAUGCAACGGGAAUGUAUUUUGGUCACAUCUGUACGGUUGCCAUCCUCAUUGCCUCUCAUAUCUAGCCAUUAUGUACUGUAGGGCCAAGUAUAUUUCACCUGUUAUUUUUUGUGGUGUACUGUUUUAAGUUUUGAUAUAGUGUGACUCCUUUUUGUUUCCUCAGCACUACAGCGACACUGAAUAUCCGUUUCUUCGUCAUGCUCGCCUGAGCCCUUUGUCGAUUCGUUCCGUGUCUUCUGCAUUUAUGUGACCUCAUGCAUUUUGCUCUUUUUUUUAAAAAAAAAAGUGUUUCUCAGUAAUAUUCGCUCAUAGCCAUGUCCAGUAUCUCAUACUGCACUUUACGCAUUCAUUUAAAACACUGAUUUAUAAGAGUUUAUUUACCAACACCCACCGUGACUGUUAUGUGCAUUGGACCUGUUUGCCCUGUCUUUGAUUAAACUUGCCUUCUUGUUAAAAAAAAAAAA